AUGUCGAUCCGAAUCCUCUCUGCGACUGAUGUGGAUGAUAUUGUAGAUUCAUUUACCCUAUCUGAACUCCAGAUUAUAAUGGCCCGCGUUUUUGCACUAAUUUCCACUCCAUCUUCCAAGAUUGAUGCACCAGCUCGAACAUCCAUACGAACGACCAACCAUACCGCGUUAUUCAUGCCUGCCCGGAUCGCACCCUCUUCAUCCGCGGGUGGUACGUCAAUCAAAAUUGUUUGUGUACCUCGAGCCCCCGAUAUGCAGGGAUUGCCUGCCACGACCCUGGUUUUGGAUGAAUCGUCCGGUGCCGUGAAGGCUAUCGUUAACGCUCGGAAGCUCACCGCACUCAGGAACGCUGCCGGUUCACUCCUCUCGACAAUCCUAGUCGCACAACGAAUGCCGCGACAUUUGGUUGUAUUCGGAGCUGGACAACAAAUUGAAGCUCAUCUCGACUUGUUCAUCCGUCGUUUUCCUUCCUUGAGGAAGUGUACCAUCGUAAAUCGUACUAUCAACGCACGCGCGCAGAAUCUUCUGCAACGCGUAAAAGAACGCUUCCCCGGUGUGUCUGUUGAUUUGAUUGCCUCGCAGGGAGGGUACCGUGACCCUUCUCCACCUUGCAUCGACAUCCGUAACGUAAUUAGUUCUGCACAGCUGAUAAUUUGCGCCACGUCUGCUACGACACCCCUCUUUCCAUCCUCUUGGGUCCGAUCUGGGACGCACGUUGUUUUGAUCGGCAGCUACACCCCCAAAAUGAAAGAGGUAGAUAAAGAGCUUAUUGCGAGAGCUAUACCCGAGCCACAGGAGCCUCCGGCUCAUGCGAUUGAAAGCAAGAACUGGCGCCCGAUACUUCUGGUGGAUUCACGCAAAGCCUGUGCAUCUGAAGCAGGAGAACUCAUCGACGCAGGAAUAAAGUUUGAUGACGUUGUAGAAAUUGGGGAGCUCGACAUGUUCAAUGAGGGUCCUCCGGAAUUACAAGACGAUCAUGUCGCUCUCGCGGAUGUCCACGGACCGAUUACAAUUUUCAAGUCUGUAGGCAUCGGGCUGCAAGAUGUGGCUAUCGCUUGUGCAAUAGUUGACAAAGCUGAGAAAAUGGGCGGUUUAAACCUGGGGGCUGGAACAGUUAUAUCUAACUAUGAUGAGUAA